UCACAUCAUGCUUUUGAGUCCCCAUUGUUUUUCCUCUCCUCUCUCUCUCUCUCUCUCUCUCUCUUUCAACCAACUUGAAAGAGUAUUGAGCAUCGAGUCCUCUCUCUUCCCCACUACAAAAAAGAUUCCCAAAGGGCAAUCCGAAGCCAAAUGACCAGCCGACUCCCCCAACUUCUUUUACCCUUUCUCUAUAUUUAUCUUCUGUGCUCCUUUGCAUAAUCAAUCAGUCGCACCCUUCGGCUUCAAAGAUCACAUUCUUAUACUCUGUGUUGCCUCGAUAUACCACAUUAAAUUGAUCUCCGACACCAUGCCGCCGGUUCACUCUAGUCCAUACCUCCAAAUGGACAACCCCCCCUCCAUACUGUCCCUACUCCGGCACGCGACACGCACAGGCCCCGGCGAGAAGCGGCCCAAGUCAUCAUCCUCCUCAUCGACCGGCGGCGUCUUCCGCCUCUUCAAGCUCCUCCCCAUGCUGACCACGGGGUGCAAGAUGGUCGCACUCCUAGGGCGGCCCCGGAAGCCGCUCCUCAAGGACGGCGCGACGACGGUGACAAUCUUCGGGUACCGGAAGGGCCGGAUAGUCCUGGCGAUCCAGGAGGACCCUCACUGCAUGCCCAUCUUUGUCUUGGAGCUUCCCAUGCUGACCAGCGCCUUCCACAAGGAGAUGGCGAGCGAGAUCGUGAGGAUCGCGCUGGAGAGCGAGACGAGGACGCAUAAGAAGAAGGUGAUGGAGGAGUUCGUGUGGGCCGUGUACUGCAACGGGAGGAAGACGGGCUACUCCAUCCGGAGGAAGCAGAUGAGCGACGACGAUGUGCACGUGAUGCAGCUACUGAGAGGGGUGUCAAUGGGCGCUGGCGUGCUCCCGUCGCCGCCGUGCGAGAAGGAGGGGCUGGAGGGAGAGCUGACAUACCUGCGGGCGAGGUUCGAGAGGGUGGUCGGGUCGAAGGACUCGGAGGCCUUGUACAUGAUCAACCCGGACGGGGCACAAGGGCCGGAGCUCAGUAUUUUCUUAGUCAGGGUUCGCUAGGCCAGUAAUAUCGUGCGUGGACAAUACUUGUUACUCUUGUAACAUACUAGCUGAUGACUCAUCGCUCUCAUCUUCUUCUUCUUCUUCUUCCUUUUUCUUGGGUUGAACAAUCUUGUAACGUACGGGUUAUUCACUUGAAAGAAGGAAUUUUGGAUGAGUUGUGACGA